CGCUUGCCCCAUGGCCGUUGGAAUUCCGUCGCUGUCUUACCCAUUCGCUCAUUUACGGGUUUCUAGUCUCUCGUUAAAUAUUAAUUCAACGCGUCAACGUCAUCAUGAUGAACUCCAAGACACUCAUUAGCGUGCUGGCUUGUCUCAGCGUCGGUGUUUCUGCCGGACCUUGCAAGCCAGUUACUUCUCAUGCUACUCAAGUCACUUCCGCAACGACUGAACUCUCUACGUCGAUUGACGUGACCACCACCAUUUCUGCAUCCGAAGCCGCUUCUACCACCGAGUUGAGCUCUCAGGCAACUGAGGCCUCUACUACUGAGGACUCUACGAUUGAGAUCCCAACGACAACUACCGUUGCUGAUGCCACCACCAAGGCCGCUACCACCACCACCGAGGAAGCAACAACAACGACUGGUGCGGCACAAUGCCCUACCCCCUCGGCUUGCAACAACCUUGGCUUUGACUGGGCAUACUACAGCAACCCUGCUCAAAACACCGACACGACCUACUCCAACUUCGUCCCCCAGUCCUUCAAGCUAGCCACUCCCAGUUAUAUCGGCACGACCCGCCAGAUCGGUGGCCUCUUCCAGCCCAGCAGCGGCGCCCAGGCAGGUCCAAUCUACGGCUCUACGACCGAUCUUGCUCUCGAUUACUUCGCCCUCAACCAUCAUGGUUAUCUCUACAGUUGCGAUGCCGGUACCUACAAGUUCGAUAUCCCCUACGCCAACGAUGCAGUGUACCUUUGGAUCGGUCAAAACGCGUACGGUGGCUGGAGCUCCGACAAUGCCAAUGCCAAGGCUCUGUAUAACCAGCCUGAUCACAUUGCUGGUAGCGCACACUUUGAGAUUGAUCUCCCCGCUGGCCAAUACAUUCCCAUCCGAUUCGUUUAUGGUCAGGCUCAGUAUGGCGGUGGCUUUACCUUCACGGUCACAGCGCCUAAUGGACAGGUUCUCGUCGGUAAUGACGUUACUGCCAGCCCAUACAUUGUUCGCAACUCUUGUGAUGGCAUUCUGGCACCGGCUUUUUUCCCUUUCGGCCAGGAGUUUUAAAGAUUAGGCCUGGAGGUGUGCCUUUAAGCGGCAAUUGUGUUGGGUAGCUGGUAUACUGCCCGAUUUUGAGUUGAUAGUCCCCACAGCUGAUGGCUCACAUCACGCGCCUCACACACGUGCCUUUAAGCAUGGUUCAUUCUGUUCGUGGCAAUCGUUGCCAAAAGUCCAAAUUAGCUUUGUGUAACCCAAGAGUUUUUUUCACAAGAUGGUUAGCAACACAACCAUGAAUAGCGAUACAAUGGCUGAAAAGUGGAGAACAACCGGCCGGAACACGGGGAGCGAGCGGGAGAACGGAAAUUAACACUGAAAGACUGAAGACUCAGUAUGCAGAUAGCCCCUAAGGGUUAUAAACUUCUGCAUCUAUCCCAUCUCGUUCAUGAUCAUGAUCAACAUUAUUUGACAACUACAUCCUGCAAUUAAGUUCAAUUCUUUAUCAGUAGCUCCUCGCUAUGUAUCAACUCGAUCCCGUCAAUGCCGCUUUUGCUGCAAAGAUUGCUAGCUCACCUUCUCUACGCGAGACAGGAAACUGCC